AUGCAGCCGACUUCGCUCCUCAUCAGCGCUCUGGGGCUCUUCGUCCUCAGCGCGGCGCAGACCACAUCCGGAACCAGCGCGUCCGCCGCGCCUACCAUCGCCAGCGCGACGCCAACCUCAACUUUCCCCACGUCCACGCCGGGCACGAACUCAACCACUGGCUCUGGGGGGUCCGGCUCGUCGUCCAGCGCGGGCAACUCGACAGUGCCAGACGUCUACCUCAACGUGCCGCAGCUGUCGGUGGGGCGCAUCGAGCUGGACGUGGACCGGCUGAGCGCCGACAUCAACCUGAACGCGAACGUGGCGCAGCUGGUGCAGAUCAACGCGGGCGUGGCCGUGUCGGUCGAGAAGGUGAACAUCACCAUCGCCGACGUCGAGGCGCAGCUGGAGCUGGUGGUGCGGCUCGGCCACCUCGUCGACAUCGUCAACCGCGUCUUCUCCAGCCUCGACCUCAACCCGCUGCUCAUCACCGCCAUCAACAACGUCACGAGCAUCGUCGACACGGUCGUCGGCGCCGUCGACGGCCUGCUGGGCAGCGUCACCCAGGGCGGGAACACGCUGAAGUUCCUGGUGGACAACCUGGGCAACAUCGUGCAGGAGGUCGUCGGUGCGGGCGGCGACGUCGUGAGCUCCAUUGUCGGCAAUUAUUCGCAGAACAUGACGCAGGUCGGCGACGCGACGAGCCUGGCCAACGGCCUCGUGCAGAAGACGUUUGAGUACUCGCCGUUGAACAAGCUGGUGGACAUCGUCUUCAACGCUGCCGGCCAGGUCGUGCAGGCGACGGUGCAGAGCGCCUCGUCUUCGUCGUCGACGAGCAGUACCGCGGCGGCGACGGGUACGCCUGCGGCGAAGAGGAGGGCGUGA